AUGAGACAAAAUAUAAUAAUCUUGUUUUUCAUUGCCAUUGUUUGCUUGACUAGUUACUUUGUUGAUGCAAAGGAUCCUCCAAAGAAUUUGCAAGUUGGUAUUAAGAAUCGUAUUCCCGAUGGGAUAUGUCGUAAAAGAACUAAGAAUGGGGAUUCAAUAACUGUUCAUUAUACAGGAACUUUAUUCGAAGAUGGCAAAGAAUUUGAUUCUAGCAUUCCCCGUGGCACACCUUUUACAUUUACCUUAGGUGGUAAUCAAGUUAUUAAAGGUUGGGAUCAAGGCUUGCAUGGCAUGUGUAUUGGUGAAAAGCGCAAAUUAAUUAUCCCCUCUGAUUUGGGUUAUGGUCCAAGAGGCAAUCCGCCACUCAUUCCCGCAAAUGCUGCUCUUGUAUUCGACGUUGAGUUGGUUGGAAUCGGAAAAAAUAGAUACGAACUUUAA